AUGACUUCCAAAACGUCAGAAAGUGGUACCGGUACCCAAAGUACCAUAGUUCAGCUGAGGAACCUACCGGAUUUGACGGAAAUUAGUCACUUGGAAAUAGAUGCUCCCGUAGUUGAAAUUCUAAAGAAAACAGUACUUUUCCAGUUGAAUUCGUUGAACAUCUGCAUUUCAAACUUUGCAUUGGAUGAGCUGGUCAACCUCGUGACCGUCCAAAUGGACGGCAUGUUUCGGAACCUGCACAAUUUAACACUUUUACAAAGAAGGUCGCAAGCUUCUCAAGCAGAUUUGAAAUUGUUGCUUCGAGAGUUUAACCUGGAUGCGCCCUCCCUUUAUCAGCAGUUUCAGGCCUCAGAAUUCAUCAAAUCGAAGCAUUCCACGGAAUAUGAAAAAUUGAUGAGCUGGUCGUCUCUUGCUGCUUUACCGCAUAACGAAGAAGAUGAAGAGGACGAAUUGAAUAAUAUCGAGGAGCAACAGAACGAGAUCAACGUUUUGCUGCCUCCCUCUAACCCACUGGAAAAACAGAUACCGAGUUGGCUGCCCAACUUUCCGCCUGACCAUACCUAUAAGUUUACACCUGAGUUCAACCAUCCAAUUACUGAUCUAAAAACCAUCAAGAAAGAAAUAGUAAAAGAAAGCCAAGAGUCUGAAAAGGCACUAUUGAACUUGAACAAAAGUCUCUCCCACAUAUCAUCAGCGUCAAAUACCCCGCAACCGCCGGGUUUAGACGAUGAGGACGCUAUCGAGCAACAAUUGGAGAUUUGGGGCAACGCGCUGGAAGAAAGGAAACCAACCAUAACUGAAAAGUCCUUCAAUGAAAACAAUAUCGAGCAGUAUGCGAAGUAUAGAGUGGAAUUGGCGAGAGAACGUGUCACGAAAUUUGAAGUGAAUCAGUUGAAAAGAACAAAAAAUCCAUUCUUGAAAAUUUCUGAAACUCUCUACCUUCCAGAGAGUCCUCACCAGUCUCACAAAACCAUACAAAAAACCAUAGAAUUGCAAUUUCGUAAGUCUAUGACACUAUUCAUGCACAAUUUACCUAAGGUCCAGAAGUUGAAGAAGGAAAAAAUACGAAUGGCCAAGGAAGAAAGAGCAAAAUCGCUAAAACGUCGGCAAGAAGAGCUUAUUUCACAACGAACAAAGAGGGAACAAGAUGAAGGCCAUGAUCUUGAGCUUCUACUAAAUAACGAGCACGCAAGGGACGCUGCAGACGACACGACCACCCCUAAUGCAUUAAACAACUCUACCAUAGUUAUCAACACAAACGCCGAGGAUGAGGACGAUGACAUAAACUUAUUUGGCAUCUUAGGGAGCAGUGAAGAUGAGAAUGAAAUGUCGAGUAUGCCUGCGGAGAACCUGGUCGCGGAAUCGGAACCGCCAACAAUGACAGCGCAAGAUACUACAAAUACUACACCUGUAGCACAUAACACAACCAAUAUCGAUGCUACUACAAGUCACUCUCCUCAUUCGACGCCUAAUGAAAACGCCCCGACAUCUCCUCCUGCAGAUAUAGCCACAGAUCACGAUAUAACUAUGUAA